AGCCCGGAGCGAGAGAAAGCCGAGAGCGGGGACUCAGGCCGCACUGGCCGAGCGCUUGAUGCUGAUGGACAUUGUAUGGGCCAGCAGCAGGGAUGGUUGGCUAUGACCCCAAAGCAGAAGGCAGGAAUAACUCCAAAGUCGAGGUGGCAGUGGCUGGGUCUGUGUCUGGACUUGUCACACGGGCGCUCAUCAGUCCCUUGGAUGUCAUCAAAAUACGAUUCCAGCUUCAGAUUGAGCGCCUAUCUCACAAUAACCCCGGAGCAAAAUACCGUGGGAUCCGACAGGCCAUAAUGCAGAUUUUGCAAGAGGAGGGCCCGACAGCAUUCUGGAAAGGACACAUCCCAGCCCAGCUUCUCUCCAUAGGCUUUGGUGCUGUUCAAUUUCUGUCAUUUGAAAUGCUGACGGAGCUGGUCCACAGAGCCAACAUGUACAACAACCAUGAAUUCUCAAUGCACUUCAUAUGUGGCGGACUGUCUGCUGGCAUGGCCACCCUCACUGUGCACCCUGUGGAUGUUCUGCGCACCCGCUUUGCUGCUCAGGGUGAGCCCAGGGUGUAUAAAACCCUUCAAGAGGCUGUGGUGACCAUGUUCAGGACCGAAGGCCCCUUGGUCUUCUACAAAGGCUUGAACCCCACCUUGAUCGCCAUCUUCCCCUAUGCUGGCCUCCAGUUCUCCUGCUACAACUCCUUGAAGCAGGCAUACGAGUGGCUAAUGCCAACCACCGACGGAAAGAAAAGCGGGAACUUCAAAAACCUGCUCUGUGGCAGUGGAGCAGGAGUCAUCAGCAAGACCCUUACAUAUCCCCUGGAUCUCUUCAAGAAACGGCUGCAGGUUGGAGGGUUUGAGCACGCCCGAGUUGCCUUUGGCCAGGUGCGGCACUAUAGGGGUCUUGUGGAUUGUGCCAAGCAGAUUCUGAAAGAGGAAGGUAGCCUGGGCUUAUUCAAAGGCCUGACGCCCAGCCUGCUGAAGUCUGCCCUCUCCACGGGCUUUAUGUUCUUCUGGUACGAACUCUUCUGUAACAUCUUCCACUGCAUGAAUACUGCAGACCGCCUGCACUGAGGGCAGGAAAGGCUGGAGGUCUUCCCCAGAGGCAACCUGCCAAGAGAUGGAAGCCUUGGUCUCCACUAAGUGGGGCCAUCUGGCCAUCCCUGCAGGCCUAAGUGGGAAGAGCCAUUGACAGCAGGGUAGCAGCCUCACAGCCGUCAGGCUGGAACACCACAGAAACACAGGGACUUUCUCUACGACAGCAGGCAGACAGAGUGCAGGACCUGGGCUGUGAGGUACCAGCAGCGUGGAGAGGAGGAAAAUGAAGUUGCUGUGUCAUCUUCAUCUAGCCCAAAUCCAAAGGAAACAGAUGCCAUCCUCUCCCCAUGUGCUGGGAGAACUCUGCUAGUUGUGGAUGGGGCCACAGCUUGAGUGCAGAGGGCUGGCCUCGCAGGAGUCUGGUCCCAACACCUGGCCUGUAUUUCCCACCAAUCUAUUUACAGACAUUAAAGCUAA